GACAACGUUAUUAUUUCUUUAGAAACGCUAUUUUGAUCGACACUGUAGGAUGAAAGUUUUGCUCGCUUUCAUUCAGUCAUUUGUAUCAUUGUGAGGUGACUUUAUUUCAUCUAUAAAUUCUACACUUGAAUUCAGAUAUCUUUAAUGAAAAUAUGAAACUGUAAGAUUAAUACCCUUUCUGCUAAUUUCCUGGUUCCUAUGUGUGAUGUUUCGGAUGUAAACACAGGUGUUAAGGACACUUUUGGAGAGUGAAGUCACCGGACUCAACAUGUGCUGCGGUAUGCUUACAGUCAUUCUUCAGUUCUUUACUUUCUUUUUUUGCUUCCAUUUUUCUAUCUCUUCUUGUCCUCCUGAAUUCAAAGAACUUUGUACUUGUGGUUACGUUAAAUAUGGUUUGGACAGAAAAUUUGUUACUAACUGUACUGAUUCUGGAUUUGAUAACGUAUUAAUGUUGAGAAAAAUGCCUCCUAUGACUGAAAUACUUGUGUUUGUCGGGAAUGAAGUUAAAGAUUUACCCCUCAAUAUCUUUGGACAAGAAACUUUAUAUAAAAAACUACACACCAUUGAUUUUUCAAAUAACCAUAUCCAGACAAUUAAAGGUAGAACAUUUCAUAAUGUGGGCAAUGUGACAAAACUUAUCUUAAAUGACAACGAUUUAUAUAUAGUGUUUAAAGAUCAUCAUCCGAGAAUGUUUAGCAAUUUUGUGAAUUUAAGAGAGUUGCAUCUUAAAAAUGCUUUUACAGAAAGGGUAAAAGCGGGUGACUAUUUGAAUAAUUUAGUACAGAUUUUCGGAAACAGCAGUUUGAAACAACUUCGUGUUUUGAAUAUGGAAAAUAACGAAAUUUCCGGAAUUGAUCCUGGUGAAUUCUGUUUUUUGCCAACUUUGGAAGAACUGUAUAUGGGAAAUAACCGUUUGAAAGAUUUGUCUUUGAGCUUCAGUUGUCUCACGCAUUUAAAAUUUAUUGAUGUCGGGCAUAACUUGAUAUCCAAACUUAGUGAUGAAACUCUUCAAAGUUUGGAAACGAGACGAUCUUUAAGAUUGAAUUUAACUGCUAAUCCUUUUAAUUGUGAUUGCAAUUUAGUGAAUACGUAUGAAUGGAUGAAAACUACACCACUUAAUUUAAUUCAUCACGAUUAUUAUUAUUGUUAUGACGGCUUUCCCUCUAGCAAUAUUGGACAAUCAGUUAUGGCUAUUGCAGUGGAGGACUUGCAAUGUGAUCCUACUUCAGUCCCAAAAGAAUAUCAUUCAUCUGCAUCGUUUGUUGUUAUGAUUAUUGGAUUAAUAUGCCUUUCUAUUCUUUUAAGUGUACUUACAUACAAAAACUGGCCUGUUGUAAGUAAUCAUACAAGACGAAUUAUACGACCACUUCAAUGUAAAUUUAGUUAUGUAUCUUUAGAAAGACAAGAAAACAUAAUGGAUGUUUAAAUAUUUUAGUGAAAAACAUUUUUGUAUUUUUGAUACUUAUCUUUUUACACUCAUUCCAUUUAAUGCUGUGGAAUCUUUGCCACAUUGAACAAAAAUUUUUGAAUGAUUUUGCCUUUAAUCAUGCAAUGAAUUUCCUAAGUAAGUGUAAGAAUAAUUUUAUUUUUGCUUUAUUUAUUACACAUUAUUACUAAUGUUUUUUAAAAAUUUUAGUAAUAACACAUAUAAAAGUUUCAGCUUGUUUUAUUAGGUUUGUUUACUUAUUAAAAAUAAUGUAAAUUCUUCUUUUUUAUUUGUUAGAAAUGUAUCAAGUUGUUGAUUUAAAAAUGCUAAUUAUGGUAGCUAAUAAUUUAACAUUACUGAUAAUGAAGACAUUUAUAGAAAUUAUAGAUAAUUUAUAAAAUGUCAAUUACUGAUAUAACUUCGAAGCAGAAUUUGAUAAUUUCGAGGAUAUUAAAUGAAUUUUUAAUUAAGUUAUAAAUAAAAUGUAAUGCUGUGAAA